CCUCCUCCCUCUCGUCCUACUCGUGGACUGUCCGGUUUACGUGACUUGAUGUCGGAACCGUCGACAUCUGGCAACCCGGAGCCAAAUCUCCGUCGGACAAUAUCUGUGUUACAGCUUCCUCGACCAGAGUGAGAGGGAAAGGAAGAGGACUUCUCCAGUAAAUGUAACAUUUUCUAUCAAACAGAACACCCCAUAUCCGAGUGCGUUGGAUAAACGGGAUGGGAGAUAAUAUCCCAAAGGGUAAUUGUACCCCCCUUCCCCUCUGCGCCCUGCGACUCCUGGUCCCACCAAUCCGACUGGUCUCGGCAGCAAUCUGGCAGACCGUCCAACAGAAAGUCGUGGCCGAUUAUGGGAUGCUCGAGGAGUUUGUUUCCAUGGUUACGGACAUUGUUCCAGAGCUACUCACCCCAUGCCAGAGGGGCCAACUUAUCCUGGGCCUCAGAGCACGGCUGAUCCUGGAGUUAUGUCAGUUCGAAGCUACUGCCGACUUUGGGCUCGUUCAGCCACAUCUUGACAGAAUGCAAACGCUCAUCGACGCAUGGGUGAUGGAGGCCGGUGCUGCAAAUAUGAAAACGCCACACCUCAAAUUUGUGGAUCUUGUGAAGAACUUGCUGAAAAAUGGUGACGAAAGGGAACACUUCUUUCAGAAAGUUUUCCCUGAAGAGUUUGGUCCCACAUAUGACGAUGCACUUCACACCCUGAUGUGGUUGUUUCUGUCCAGACUGGAACAGUUUCUACCUCUUCAAACGUUCCAACAGGUUUCCUCCAUGUUUGGUGAGGUGUCGUCGGUUCUUGAGGAAUGUAUGGACUCUGUGUCUCGACAUGAGGAGCUCAAAACUCUGCUGCAGUAUCAAAAAGACCUCAGCCAACUGGAUCACAAUGAUGGUUCCUUAGAUGGCACCUGCAUUAUUUCAGCUCUCAAACUCGCCAUUGAAGAAAGAACUGAGACGGACAAACCACAAGCCAACAUCUUGGAUGAUAUGCUAUCGUGUACAUCUGAUUCAGAGAAGGGAUCUUUAACAUUGUCUCAUGACACAACUGCAGAAGAUCGGACGAGUGGGAUAAAUGUUGAUGAGACCAAUAUGACUCAUGGGGAAAAUGGAACAGGGGCGCAUCUGGGAGAUAUUACAAGACAUGAAAAAAAUGCAGGAUUCGUUGGACAUCAAGUAGAGACGGCUCCUCGGCUUCUGAAACAAUGCCGUGUUCAGCUAAAAAGACUGGACAUGACGCUGCCGCUGCGGACUCGCCCUGCAAGACCCAACAGAGGCCUAAGAAUGAAAAAUAUUAUUUUAGAAGAGAAAAGAGGUCUUUGUGAAGCUUACAAAUCGGCUUCCAGGAAAACAAAACCCUCCAAUAGGGCUCUUUCACACAUCUCUGACAACAAGGAGUCGAGCAGCAGCAGCAGCAAAGUCGCCUCCUCAUAUAUGGCUCCCAUCAACGAUUCCAGUGACGACUCAUGGUCUUACUACUCUGAUGAGGACUUUUGCCAAAACUCUGCAGGUAGUGAUCUUAGUAUGGCUGAUUCGUGGUCUAACUACUCAGGUGAUGAGUCUCCCUUUUCUGUCGGUAGUUCUGCUGAAGGUGAUUCAAACGAGGACCCUUCCUUCACGGGUCCUAAAAAGGUAUCAGCUCCCAGCAGAAAGCCGGGUAACUCCGACAUCAAAGCCGGCACUCCCAAAAAGACUCGUAAAGUCCAGUGUUUCAUCUGCAGUGAGCCCGUGAGCACAAGCCUGAGAACCCACAUGAGAACCCACUUCCCCACCGGUGAUUACGCCUGCCCCCGGUGCGACAGCAGGUUUAAGCUCUUCUCGUCGUUGAGGCUGCACUUGAACAGGACCUGUUUCGAGCACUGUCAGCAGCAGGUGGAUCCGGUAAAGUCGGACGAAGCCAAGAAUCUUUUCAAAUGCGACGAGUGCGACGAGGCAUUCAGGUACAAAGUUUCACUGGAAAGGCACAAACGGACCCACAAUGAGCUCUACUGCGAGGUGUGUAGGAAGGUGUUGCGGGACGCGGCGACGUCGGCGAGGCACAAGGCCUCUCACACCCUGUUUCAGUGUAACCGCUGUGAGGAUACCUUCACUCUCUUCAAGCCAUUGCUCAAGCACUGCGAGAACAUCCACGAAAUCAGGAGGCCGUUUAAAUGCAACUAUUGUCCAAAAGUUGUAUCCAAGCUGCGCACUUUGAUCGCGCACGAGUGGAAGCACACGGGUCACCUGCCGUUCCAGUGCUCCCUGUGCCAUUUAAGAUUCAAAAGCGACGCAGAUCUCACCUCCCAUGAGAGGGUCCACACCAAAGAGAGGCCCUACCUGUGCGCUGAGUGUGGCAAAACGUUCUCCCAGAGCUCCAACCUGCUGCGGCACUUGAAUUUCAUCCACAGCGAGUCUCGAAACAAGAAGAAGUAUUCCUGCUCCGAGUGCGAGAAGUCCUUCAAGGAGAAAGGGGCCCUGAAGAAACACCAGAGGACCAAACACUUGCGAGAGUUGUUCCGUCACCCGUGCCCGGACUGUGGAAAGAUGAUCUCUGCGUCAACUAUCGCGAGACAUAAAUUAAUUCAUACGGGAGAGAGGCCUUUCAAAUGCACCAUGCCUGAGUGUGACAAGUGCUUCAGGUCAGCUCCUGAAGUGAAGAGACACGUCCUUAUACACCACACCACGGAGAGACCGUAUAAAUGUGAUGUCUGUGGAAAGGGCUUUAUAAAAUUGUGUUAUCUCAACGCGCACGCUAAAAUACACUCGGGAGAGAAGCCUUUUGUUUGUCAUUUCUGUGGCAAGGCUUUCCCCAAGCGCUACAGCAUGCAAAGACACAAAAAGCUUGUACAUACAUUUGUAAUGCAUUGACCCUGCAUGGUGGGAAUGCUCCGUUAAACAGCAGCGAAUCACAAGUAGAGAAUUCAUUGUUCGAACAAUUUAAGUUUUGAAACUGGUUUGUAUUUAGACAAACCAGAAGCCUUAUCAAAUAAACUUGAGACAAACCAUAUAUAUAUAUAUAUUUGAAACUGAAAAAAUAAAAAAUCUGAACAACAUU